UCCGGCGAGCGCGUGCUGCUGCUGGUGCUGCAACGCUACUGUCUCGUACGCUCUUGAAAUGUAAACACAGGCAAAAGCUGUCAAACACGGUGACAACCAGUGACAACAUUUAAACGCAGUUGAAAUAAAUGUGCAGAUGAAAUAGAAAAUUGGAAAAAAUGGGUAAAACUGGUGAAACAAGUACUGAUGAAGACACGACCGAAAUUGGACUAGAAAAAAGCUUCGUUGUUUGCCAAAAACGCCGCAAGAAACACAAGCACAAGCGGCACAAAAGGAAAAAAAAUUGCCUGGAAGACGGUGAGGGUAGUACAAUGGUCAUGGCUCGCAGUCAUCCGGAUUGUGAGAUCAAAAAUCGAAACAGCACAACUAGAGCGCGUGGUAAAAAAUUACACAGAGUUAACAAAGGGACAAUUGUUACGACAGUCACGGCGACUGCCCCUGCUCCUAGUAUCAAGCUAUCCAGCCUCAGUAGUUUUGGUGGAUCAGAAGGAACUAUCGCAAACAGCUCAGCCUCAUCUAAGAUAACGGUCAAGAAAAAGGUGCCAAGGAGCUGCAGAAGCAAAGAAAGUGCCACCAGCAGCGAAGAAGAGCGAUGGUUGGACGCUAUCGAGUCUGGUAAACUGGAAGAGGUAGACGACGAGCUCAAGAAAAUUAAACCCAAAGACCCAAAGUUGAUGACUGCACGCCAGCGAGCCAUGUUCGAGCGUAAAACUGAUGCUGAACCAAACCCUGGUGCGGAAAUACUCGUAUCAUUGCCCUCCGGCUACAAGGAAAAGAUCAUGACUGCUGAGGCUAUCCAAAAGGCUGCGCUCAAGUCCCUCAAGAGGAAACAACUGGCGGAUGAGAAGAGGGAAAAAGACAAGAAAAAGACAAUGGAACGAUUGCUCAAGAAGCAAGAAUCAAAAGCAUCCAAAUUAGUGAGCAAAGGAAAGGCUUGUAAACGUCAAGUACCCUUUGUAACGUACCACAUGACGACAGAGGGUAGUUGGAUCUCGCUCCCUCCAGGGCAUGAAUUUCCGCUCAGUUCUUCUUACGAACUAUCAAUCGAUAAGAAUUCGCCAACAGUAACUAUACAGAGUAAAGAAAAGAGGUGCUCAGUCGUUGGUUGCAGUAAUCCUAGAAGAUAUUGUUGUUCAAAAACUGGGUUACCACUGUGCAGUUUGGAGUGUUAUCGAGCUCAUAUGACCACAAUAUCAACGUGAUACGAUCCCGAACGGUUCUACAAGAUCGAAACUGCUACCUUCGUACAUGUAUGCACCUGGAGACCUAAAUAAAGAAGAUUCUCGUUUCCCCUC